GAAGCGCAUCCUCGCCGUCGUCGACCUUCCUGUUCCAGGCAGCAUCGGGCUCCGCGCGUCUCGGCGGUAUCCCGCGGUCCGCGCCGGCCCUGCCCCAGCCGAGGGCCCCCGCGCGGCCAGGGCCGCAGCUGGUAGCCCCGUGCCUUUAGGAAGGCCGCGAGAUUACGGUCUGUGGAGAGUCAGCCACCUGGUCUCCUGAUAAGCUUCCUAAAGGGAUCUAACAUGAAGAAGACUGAGCCCAGGAAACAGACUGUGAGCAUUCCCACACCAGGACAUGGGCUAAGAAACACAAUUUUGGAAUGAGAUGGAAGGAGAAUGGAGCAGAGUGAGCAAGACAGAAGAAUCCCCUGGACUGGCAAAGCCAUCUGCGAAGCACUGCUGCUACCAUGCCCAAGAGAAAGGCAAAAGGAGACACUAAAGGUGACAAAGUGAAGGUGAAGGAUGAGCCACAGAGGAGAUCGGCAAGGUUGUCUGCUAAACCUGCCCCUCCAAAACCAGAGCCCAAGCCUAAGAAGGCUCCUGCAAAGAAGGGAGAAAAGCUCCCCAAAAGGAGAAAGGGGAAAGCAGAUAAUGGUAAGGAUGGGAGCAACCCUGCAAAGAACCAAGAUGCCUCCACAGCCCAGUCACAGAAGGCAGAAGGCACUGGGGAUGCCAAGUGAAGUAUACUGUUUUUGAUAGCUCUGUACUUCUAGUGACUCUACUGUUUGAAAUAGUUUUUUUUUAAUCAAGUUUUAUAAAAAUGUAGAUUUUUUUUUUAACUUAGGUUGUCAGCAUAUAGGACACUUUGUUGUUGUCUUUUGUGGAAAGUACAAAUACCACUAACAGAAUGUCUCAGAACCUGGAUUGAAAUGAGAGAAAAUAGGAUUUUCUAUCCUCAUUUAUGAAGAUUAUUCUUCGUUACCAGGAGAGAUUCUCUGAAAUUCACACAUCAGCCACUUUGGCUCAGAAGAAGCCUUACAGUAUGGAGAAGCAAAAUUUCAUGUCUUCUCCUUUCCUGAUGCCAUCAGCAUAUAGUUCCUGAAAUCAAGAGUUGUGAUGUGGCUUCAGCACCCCUAAAAUCAGCUGUGUUGGGUAACACCUCAUCCUUCCGUUGAUAACACCAAGGCGGUGUUGCUCAAAAGAGCCAAGAUUCCUGUUUGUAGCUUGUGGAUCAUCCUAUUGAUUAGCCUGUAGUGUUUAAUUCCUUUCCUCCAUGUCAGAGUUGACCAGUGGAAAGCUUUUAUGUGUCUCAUGUGAAAUAUCCAUCCCUUCUGAAAACUUUUCCUGCUCAAAGCAGCAGCAGAAGACUUGACUUUUUGGAAAGGGGAAUUUGUAAGUUGUAAAAUGUUAUGGAUGGUUACCCAUGCUACUAGAAGCAUCUGUUUUUGAAAAGUAUCUUUUAAAGCUGGAUACAAGUUGGCUUGCUGAAGGGGUCAUUAUUUCCUACCCAGAGUCAUAAAGAUACUCUUUAUGUCUUGUGAGAGUUUUAUAGUUUUGUCUUCACAUUUGGUUUUAGUCUUUCCUGAAAUAAUUUUCAGUGUAUGUGCUGCUGAAAUGAGUACUCCUGAACUGAUUUUUGUGAACAAUAUGAUAUAGAAGCUCAAUCUAAUAUUUUUUUCAUAUAAUGUCCCAGCACCAUUUUCUGAAACCUUCAUCCUUUCCCCACUAAUCUGUAACACUGGGUCUUUCAUAAAUCAAGCUUCUAUGUGUGUGUUAGGGGUUAGGGGAUAGUCUGUGGAUGGUUUCUGUUUCUGACUCAAUGGUCAAUUGGUCUAACCUGUGGCAGUACUGCACAAUCCUGAGUAGUAAAACGUUAGAAAAAAGUCUUUAUACCUCAGGACAAAUCCCAUCUCAUCCUCCAAUAUCACCACCAAAUUUUUCUUCCUUGGGAGUAUCUUGACUAUUCUUAAAAACUCUUACAUUCUUAUAUACUUGGCUAUUCUUGUCUAUACGCCUUGAUUUGCUCUUCCAUACAACUUUUAGAAUUAGAUUGACAAGUUCUAAAUCAAAUAUUGGAAUUUUUAUUGGAUCUGUAUUAGAUUUAUAAAUUACAAUAUUGAGACUUCUAAUCCAUAAACAUCGUAUAGUUCUCCAUUUAUUUAAGCUUUUAAAAUGCCUUUCAAUAAAGUUUUAUAAUUUCUCCAUAAA